GGCUCUCCCAUCAUGUCCGGCCACCCCACCAACCUGAGAGUGAAGCUGCCCCUGCUCUGCGCUCUCCUGCAGCUGGCGACUAUCCUCCUGUUCGCCUUUUUCGUCCAGUACGACAGCCACACCAGCCCCCGGCUGUGGCACGAGGAGGUGCAGCUGCAUAGCAAACACCCUCUGGACAAUGAAUUCUACCCCCGCUACCCAAGCUUCCAAGACGUCCACGCCAUGGUUUUCCUCGGCUUCGGCUUCCUGAUGACCUUCCUGAAGCGCUACAGCUUCGGUGGGGUGGCUUUCAAUUUUCUGAUCGCUGCCUUUGCCCUCCAGUGGUCUGUCCUCAUCCAGGGGUUUUUCCACACCUUUCACGAUGGCAAAAUCCACGUGGGAAUAGAAAGCAUGAUCAACGCAGACUUCUGCGCCGGGUCCGUCCUCGUCUCCUUUGGGGCGCUGCUGGGCAAGACGAGCCCCGUUCAGCUGCUGCUGAUGGCUGGGCUGGGAGUCACCCUCUUCGGCCUCAAUGAGUACAUCUUGCUGAGCAUCCUUCAGGUGAAGGAUGCCGGGGGCUCCAUGACCAUCCAUACUUUUGGGGCCUACUUCGGGCUGAUGGUGUCCCGGGUUCUUUUCCGACCCCACCUGGACAAGAGCCGGCAGCGGGAAGGCUCCGCCUACCACUCGGACCUCUUUGCUAUGAUUGGCACUCUCUUCCUGUGGGUCUUCUGGCCCAGUUUCAACUCAGCAGUAACCGCCCACGGGGAUGACCAGCAACGGACGGUGAUGAACACCUACUUCUCCUUGGCCUCCAGCACCCUCACCACCUUCGCCAUCUCCGCUCUGGUGAACCGCGGAGGCCAGCUGGACAUGGUUCACAUCCAGAAUGCCGCCCUGGCUGGCGGGGUGAUCGUUGGCACUUCAGCCGAGAUGGCGGUGACUCCCUUUGGGGCCCUGAUCGCCGGGUGCGUGGCUGGCCUGGUGGCCACCCUCGGCUUCAGGUUCCUCACGCCCAUCCUGGCUGCCAGGCUGAAAAUCCAGGACACCUGCGGGAUACACAACCUGCACGGGAUGCCCGGCGUGCUCGGUGCCCUCCUUGGUGCCCUAGUGGCCGCUCUGGCAACCCCAGAUGCCUAUGGAGAAGGGAUGGCUGACGUCUUCCCCCUUGUGGCCUCCGGGCAACGCACCUCCCUCAGACAGUCUCUCUUCCAGCUGCUGGGCUUGCUGGUCUCCCUGGGCAUGGCCCUGAUCGGUGGCAGCCUGGUAGGGGCAGUCCUGAAGAUGCGAAGCCUUGGGAUGCCCCCAGAUGCUCUCUGCUUCGAGGAUCAAAUCUAUUGGGAGGUAUUUGAAGGCUUCCCCGGGGUCAAAGUGCCUGAAGAACAUCAUGAUGGCUUCCAGGGCAUGGAAGCUCUGAGCACAGAGGAGGCAGACAAAGCCACCCACGCCUGA